AUGCAUCAUCGGACACUUUUGACACUUUUUCCGGCUGCGCUGCUAUUUCUGGCCUGCGCCUGGGUCCGUGCCGGAGUCCAGGGAAACCAUCUGAAACGCUUCAGCCGAUCGCUCAUCUUUCCGCCGACCAGUCCGACGCGGGUUCAGUUUAUUGGCGGCAUUGGCAUACCCGUCGAGGGGCUGCACUUCGAGUCCGUGACCUCGGGAUACGUCCUCAAGGCCGAGUAUUUCCUGCCCACCAACUCCACGGAGAUCACGCGGGUCUACCUCAAGCCCCAGGCCAUAACGGGCCGAGGGGACGAGUCGAACUACGGCGCUCUCUACCGCUGGAUCGUGUACCGCGGCAUCGAGAUGGUCAUAGCGAACGCCGGCCUCCCGGGACGCGGCUGCCUCCUGCGUCUGAUCUGCGAGCACGCAGCCCUGCCGCUGAGCCACGAGAGCGGUCUGCUCGGGGAAGUGCUGGACAUCGUCCUCACGCCCUCGAGCUCCAGGGACGAGCCGACGGGCGCCGGCUCAGACCGCGACUACCACGCCUCGGAGCGGUUCGGCAGGCGAGGCGGCGACUGCGAGGCCUUCUAUGGGGGCGAGUGCCAAAAGACGCCCCUGGAUCUCAUCAGCCUGCUGCUGGAAGUCAAUUAA